AUGGCUCCUCCUUCAGAUAUCAACCAUCUCUCAAACCCUUGCAUUUAUGCAGGGGAUUUUUCUUCUUCAUACUCAGAGAGGAAGUCUGGUUUUAUGAAAUGGUUUGGUAAGAUUUUCAAAAUUGGUUCUAAUCGAGGAAAAUGCGGUAGUCAUCAUCUGCAGCAACCGGCAGAGGAAAACAUGGCUUGGCGAGCGCCACCUAGAUCGUUGGAUAACCGUGCUAGAACGAAGAAAGAGGAUGAGGAUUUGAGCAAUGCAAUUGCACUUUCUUUAAAUGAAUAUUUAAAGAUACCAGCAGGAUAUAGAUGGCGAACGGGAGCUAAUGAUGAUUAUGCAAAGGGACUUCAGGAUCGGAUGCAUUCGUCUCUACACCCUCCAUAUGCCCCUUUACCGUAUUAUCCCCGGGAUACAGGUAAAAAGAUUUCUUCUAAUUUCAGUGAUACUUCAAUAGCAUGA